AUGUCUAUUUCGAAGCUCUGCUUAUCUAACAAUUGGAACACAUAAGUAUAGGUCUCUGUCUCUAUACCAACAUACGAUAUGCUGUCCCUCCUCGUGGUGUGUGCUUUAGUUGCUUCCGUGCUGUCGAACUCGGAGCCCCAGAGAGAAGUGAUUCUCUUUGACAAAGCCGAUGGUGACAAUGAUGGACAGCUGUCAAGGGCAGAACUGGACAAUAUAUUUCUCGCUUUUGAUGUCAACCAUGACAGGGAGGUUACCAAUAGUGAGUUUGAGAACGACUGGACGGUGCUAUACAACCUUGGAGCCCCAUUAGAGGCGCGCACUCUCUUCAUCAAGGCCGACACCAACGAUGACGGCCAUAUCACAGAUGCGGACCUACCUCAGAUCUUCACAUUUUUCGACACUAACAAGGAUGCGUCCAUCAGUCUUGACGAGUUCCUGACUCAGUGGGGAGAACUGAAGAAUGCCCCCGUGGACAGUAUCAUCGUUCCUGUAGCGACCACGCCUUCCCCGGAGCCUCCAACCUCAAGUCACACACACUAACAUCGCAAUUCCUUGUAUUUCGCUUUCAUUUUCGCAAUUUGUAAAGAAAUCGUUUGAAAUAAAAUGUAUUUCUUUCGCA